GGAAAGAGAUGUGCAGAGGGACUGACGGAAGAGGGCUGGGCGGGGCGAAAACUGAAGGCGCCGGAAGUAGGGGGCUGCCAGUAGCUGGGUCUCUGGUUUUCUGAUCAAUUAGAAACUGUAGAAGAAAGGCGCGAAAGGGGAAAACGGAAAUCAGGAUCCUGACCACGGCUUAGCGUGUCCCGCCCCCCACCUCAACGUCUGCGGUGAUUGGCGAACUAGAGAUACUGAUCGCUCAGUCGACCACUCAGCACUAGGGAGCUUGUUAGUUCCGGGUCCUAGAGGCCCGAGGUACUGUCGGGCCCUGUUAACAUUUUCCCACAGUUAACAUGGCUGCGACUAGUUAUUCACCGAGACGACAGUGAGCAAAGGAGACUGGGCACUGUGAGGCUUUGCCCGGGUCCCGUCGACGAUGGCGCUUCAGCCGCGGCUCUGGAAAUGUCUGUCAGUUUGCAGGAACCUGGAGUGUGGGUUCGCAGCCCUCUCAACCAGUUCCACGCCGGCGGUGCAGCCCGACGUGGUGACUAAGGAAAACGAAGCGGUAGCCCCGGAGUUCACGAACAGGAACCCUCGGAAUCUGGAGCUCUUAGGUGUAGCCCGGAAAGAACGGGGCUGGGCUACGGUGUGGCCUAACCGUGAGUUCUGGCACAGGUUGCGAGUUGUAAAGACUCAGCAUCACGUAGAAGCAUUUGUUGAGCACCUUAAUGGCCAGAUUGUGGUUUCAGCAUCCACUCGUGAAUGGGCUAUUAAAAAACACCUUUAUAGUACCAGAAACGUGGUGGCUUGUGAGAGCAUCGGGCGAGUGCUGGCACAGCGGUGCUUAGAAGCAGGAAUCAACUUCAUGGCCUACCAGCCCACCCCGUGGGAGGCCUCCUCAGACUCGAUAAAACGUUUACAGAAUGCCAUGACAGAAAGUGGUGUGAUGCUUCGGGAGCCUCGAAGAAUCUAUGAAUGAAAUAGAAGUGUUAACUGUUGUUGGAAGUGUAAUUAUAAAACUACCAUCUACAGCCACCAAAAGGAAGCAUCUGCAUUGGAAGGAAGGGAGGGAGAGAGGAAGAAGCAUUCGGAAGGAGAACCAGACUGAAAGCUUCAUAGCAAUAAUGUAACUGAAAACUUAUUUAAAGUUAGCUUCUUUCCACCUCUGUAUGUGCUUGUGUGAUUUCAUUGUUUUAAUCAAGGGCUUAAGAUGUCCUCAUUCUUGGACAUGAGAUGUAUUUAAGGAAAGCAGUCACUAUUUGAAGAACAAAUUAAAACGUUUAUAACAAA